AUGGAGAUCUUCGGUAUGCUAGGUGAGAGGCUGGGGACGAUUGGCAAGGUCGAGAAGAAGGUGGAAGAGGCGGUGCUUCCUCGAUGGAAGAAGGAUUUCUUGCAGAAACCUUCCGUCUCGGUGCGGAAAGGGAUUGCGUGGGGCUACACUCCCCCCUACGAAGACACCGACACGCUCGUCCUGACAUCGACCCAAUCGUCCUUCAUCGACAUCAGAUUCCCUGUCAAGCGACAGUUGUCCAAGCCAAUAACGUCGGACCCAUCCUUCUGGGCCUUCUCCGGAACGUCCCACACGACAUUUUCUCCGUUCGAGGGCGAAACUGUCUCAAUGCCAUACUCGGCGCACAAUGUGUGGAAGCAUGACAUCGACUCAAAGGGGCCGGGUAUCGUCGAUGAGGGGGAUUUAUUUCUCCUCCCCAACGGCGACUGUAUGGAAGUGGGGAUGAUGCAGAACCCUCGCACGGGCAACGACGAGAUGUACAAGGAAUACUGGACGGGGCCGCCCACGGGUGUGAGUUCAGCAGGGGCUGGGCCUGAAAGCUGCGUUGUUGCGAAGACGCACGUCUCAUCCGAUGGUCGAAAGGGUCAAGACGCGGCCGGGAUCAUCAUUAGGGUAGGCAAUUACUGUCAAAGCAUCAUGCGCCAGGGCACAGGUGAGCAAGGUCAGUCUGAAGAAGGAAAUACCGUUCUGGUGGAGAGAUGGACGCGAAGUGGCGCUGAGACCGCGUCAAGCUGGGUCCAGGACUGGCGCAGCAACACGCCCUGCGACAGUGGAAUCUUCAUGCCAUGCAUGUGGGUGUGCGACGGGAGCAGGAAACUCGGAGAUGAGAUUGUCGUCAAGGGUAUCGCCUGGAGAAUUGUGGAGUUGGAUACGACGGGAACCUAA